UCUGUAACAACAUGUCACUGUCAAAGGAAAAUUUGUCAUUUUUUCUCAUUUGUUUUUCGAUAAUUUUAUUGAUUUUAGUGCCAUAUAGUGAUCAAAUCUUGCAGGAUGAGAGGUCACAUCCUAUUCUUCCAAGUGCCAUAGAUCAAAAGAAACCUAAUCCCGAAAAACGCAGGGAUGACAGCCAUGCUCAGAGAUGGAAAACUACAUCACAGCAGAAACCAGAGAAGUCUGUCUCAGGUGCUGAAAUGGAGAGAGACAAAGUGUUGGAACUUUAUCAUGAAAUAGAUGAAACGGUAGCUGAGAUCAAUCAGGAUCGAGCCCGGCGCCCAGCUGUCGUUGAUACUAGCGAUAGUAAUAAAGAGGGACUCCAACAUGGCCGCGGCGUUGAUCAGGGUGUGGGAGAUACUUACAUGACUGUGGUUGGAGAUGGUGAUGAUUUAGAGAUUGUCACAGUGAUACCACCUUUACUUAAUGAAUUGAAUUCACUAGAUAAUGUUGAUGGUACAGAAGGCAGCAUAGAGUUGGAAAAUGAAAUUAGAAAGAAUACAGAGAGUCAUCAGAAAAGAAAGGCUCAAAUUCGAAGCCACCAUAAAGAAAAACAUCGAAAUAAAAACCACAAACAGUUGUUACACACAAAAGAAUUAUUACUUCAUCCUCAUUCUAUACAAAUGAAGGAUGCUUUAGAACAUUUUAAAUCUGUAAUGCAAAGGUUAGGCAAUAUGACUGACUUAUUUCACCGUUUUCUUCCAUCGAGAGAGGUAAAUAAAAAAACUCAUUCCUUUAUUAAAAAACUUCGGAAGCUGAAGAAAGUUGUUCGCAGCAAGGGGAAGGGUAGCCGAUUAAAACGCCAUGCUCGUCCCCAUCCGCUUCCACUGUCUCAUCACAGUGUACAGUACUUAAAAACUAUUGGUUUCACUCAAGAUGACUUGAGAUUCUACGGGUUGAAGGACGACGAUAUCUUUCAUCCUGCUGGUACAGGUAAAGAUGAGGUUCUAACAUUCAAAGGGACUUUUACGGAGGAAUUGAAAAAGCAGGGGAAAGGCACUGCAGAUAUGUUAAAAAGAGUAAAGAGGGCAUCAGACUUGAGGCAGUUGAAACGAUCGGUUUCUCAGACCUUAUCAAGAUCCAAAAGAUCAGUUUCUGAGAGAAAGCGAGCCAGUGAGCCAGUAAAAUCUGUGGGUAGUAGUGUUGAGAAAGAAGCAAACCCUGAAGUUGAACAUGUUCAAUUAGUGGCUAAGAGCAGGAGUGGAGAAAUUUUAAUUUCUGAAAAAGAGACCGGGGAUGUGAAAAAUACUGAUGAAUCAUCUGCUAAUGCUGCAGAUGUAAGUGAAAUAAAAACAAUAGAAGAGACUGCAAGCAAAACUAGUCAAGAUUCUGUUGUGGAGGACACUAACAUUGGGUCAAAAGGUGUUGAGAAUGAUAAUGAGGUGAAGUUGGCUGAAUCGGGGAAAUCGGUGUCUCCCCUCCCUAUUGUCAAUCCUUCUAAGGUGGUGUUAAAAAAUGUUGACUUGAAGGAGAAUUCUCCAGACACGAGCACUGCUUAUGUGUCUCCCUCAUCAGACGUGCAGCUGACAUCUGCCUCUGCCCAUUUGGUUUCACAUGAAGCUGCAGACGUGGAUACAGGGAAGGUGGAUCUGAAAAGUGGAAGCCGUGGUUACAACUCCGAUACAAAAACCUCUUCAAUUCCGAUUGCCCAUAGUAAGAUGGCGUUGAACAGUGGAAGUUCUAGCGAUCAAGUUAUUCCCAACGACUCGAGUAAGAGAGAAGGGAGUCCUCUAAACUCCGUUGAAUCUCGUAAGACGGAUUUGAAAAGUUCCAAACCUGUUGAUCCAGCAGCGGUUGUACCUGAUGAUACAGUAGUUGAUGUGAUUGCAGCUGAUGAUGCCUCAGAUUGCAACAAUGACACAGAUUGUGCAGCAGAUGGUAGGAAUUCCAACUACAUUGUGAACAUUGCUUUCAUCAGGACCAUCAUGAAUGACAGAUCCAAGGAUGCGCUGUACGGCAUUUUAAGCCUUGGUUUAAUCGUGGGUACCGUCCUGGUGGCCGUGCUCUACACCCAGAUGUGGAGGACAAAGAGGGAAGGAUGGUUUACACCAAAAGACCAGCACCACAGUAACACUAACAGUUCUCAAGUGAAAAUUAGAGAAGUGUUGAGGUCAAAAGCGAGAUAUCUUCCAAUGUUUCACCAGAAAUGGAAAAAGGGUAAAAAGUACGAGCCGCUCAAGCAAGAGGACAUAUCUGAGUCAAGUGAGGAAGAGAUAUAUGACCAGCGACGAUUGAUGCAUGUUAACUCGUACGAGGACUGAGGCAUGAUGGGAGAAUGUGUUCUCGGCUGAUUAGACUUAGAGAAUAUCAAUGGUCUUUCCGGACAAACAAUUGGUCUUGACUGAUAAAAAUUGUGAUCUUGACUGACUUAGAUUGUGGUCUUGACUGUCUAAGAAGACGGUCUUGACUGACUGAGAUUAUGUUCUUGUCUGUCUAAGAAGGAGGCAUUGGCUAAUGAAAAUUGUAAUCUUGACUGACUAAGAUUGUGGUCUCCAAUGACAACUACAAAUUCAUGGUCUUGGAGCCAUGUCAGCGUUGUGAUCUAUUCACAACCAGUGUCGAUCCCAAGAUGACACAACUUGUUGUGGAUUCACAGUGAGUUAACAUCGGCCCCAGCUGGUACAGAAUAGCAAUCCAGACUGGUUUUAUGGCCCAUGAUGAUGGAUGAUGUGAGGAGGACUGUGUGAACAUGUUCGUUGAAUAUUAUGCAUUUAACUCUUCCGAGACUCUAUAGUCAUCUUUUCUCAGAGAAUUUUUCAUUCAUCAUUGCGAAAUAUAUGUGAGCAAAUGUAUUUCAAUUGAUAAAUAUUGAAUAUUUGAAAGAAGUCGGUCAAGAUAAGAAUCCGAGGAAACUCUUAAUUCUGAGUUGGGAGACCAACACAGCUAUAACUGAAUGUAGUGUGUUAAUACAUAAGUGGAAACAACCUCACGAACCAAAUUUGUCACGAAAAGAGAAAUUGGGGAAAUUCUUGGUGCCCAUCAGUUAUUUUACUGGGCGGCAUCUUCAUAUGGCUUUAAAAUUUUGAAAUGAGGAGCAAUAGUUUUGAGUUGCAUAUAUACAUUCCACAUUUACUUUGUUGACCAAUCUGCAAUACCAGUUAUGCGUUGCAGCCCUGUGUAACAUACUUCAGAUGUACACUCUCAGUAUCACUGGCACCAGACAGCCUAUCCUGCAUCCUCAUCAGUUUAAUCAUCUCUUCGUAAAAGCAAUCUCUCUCACGCACGAUUAAAUACUCGUCAUUUGCAUUAGAAACUGAUGCAUUUCUGUCCUGGGCCGAGUCGCUAUAAGAUGCAGAUAGCCAAAAAUCAAUAUUGGUCGAGUCUGGCAUUUAUGGCAUCUCUGUUUGUGUCGCAUGGUGGGGCUUUCUAACACUUGUUAUUGAUGAAGGCACGGUCAUUUAUAAAGACAGCGUUGUCUUUCCGUUGAGGUCAUGCCAAUGUUUUUCUUUGCUGGAUAUGUGUAUUGAUUUGAAACAUAUGGCAUUGAUCUUCACAUGUUAACCUCAAGCUUAAAAAAGAUGGGUUGUUUGCAAAAGUGUUUACAUACUUUAAAGUCCAUAUCACAUGCUGUGUUUUGUAUAUAUAUCAGUUGCGUUGGUCCUGGCUGUUACCGGUUAUGCAUUAUAUGAGAGAUGUGGUAUUCAGCUGAAGUAAUGCACAUAUCGAUUGGUGAUGCAUGUACAUAUCAGGAACAGAUGUUUCGCGUAUAAAUGAUGAUGGUCUCAUAAGUAUUUAACAUUUACAUCGAAUAACUCACAAUAAAGCGUGUGUAUUGAAUGGUUUAUAUAAGGAUCACAGGGAUGGUCAAUAUCAAGAUCUGAUAAAGUCUAGUAUUUAUUCAUUCUUGCUAAUAUAUUGAUAUUGCAUUAUGUAGGGGAGAUGGGGGGGGGGGGGGAGGGGAAGGAGGAAAAUGGCUUCAGAACACUAUCUAUGCUGAGCCGUCAAUGGUGCUGUGAUGUGAUGAUUUACAGAGUCCUGAAAGAAAUACACUGGCUCUGUUGAUCCCUAUUGCGGUGCCAUAAUUUGUUAGUAAAAAUGAUGCAAUGGUUGUCAAUAUUCAGGUAUCAGUAGGAGUAUUUGUUGCCAUAUCUAUUUUAUGGCAUGGUUAUCCCAUCGCGCCAGAUGAACAGAUGAGAAAUACAUAUGAUGUGCAUGGAAUGACAAACUACCAUGUUACACAUACUAAGGCUAGACAUUAAAAAACUUUUGGCUUACAGGCAACAUUAAGCCCAACUGAAGAAACAUUUUUGGUGGUCGGAGAGUGAAAAAAUAUUGGGGGAAAUUUAGAUUUUGGGAACUUGCAUGACUAAUGAGGGCAAUUGGUAUUGAUGAUGUAGAUGGAUUUAUCAUGUUUAUUGCGCUGUGGUCGUUGAGCCUGUUUAACAAGUUCAGUCUUCCAUCUAUAAACUCAUUGAUGUGUUGUAUUUGAUUCUGAACAAAUCUUGGCUUGUUCUGUUGAUUUUGACUACCACGUAGUUGUUCUUUUGAGUAUUAAGCUUGUAACAUGUUCUCAUUUUAUGAAAGGCAGCAGACAUAUACUGGCAGCCACUGUUUUGUUAGUUUCCAUUCGCUCAAUGUUUUAAGGAACUGCAAAAUUUUCGUGGACGUUUUAAUUUGUGCAUACUUUGCCAGUUGAAAAAAGAUUAAAAAGAUCAAAAAUUGCCGACACCCUUUUUCAUUUUAGAAACUGAAUAAACAAAAGGUACUGUAAUCUGGCAUUUUUUCAGAAGUUUAUUCAGUAAUUCAUAAAAAGAAGAGGCACAAAAUUCUUGCAGCUUACAGUAUUACAUGUACAUAUUUACUUUAAUUGGUCAUAGCAUCCAGGCAAAUCAUUAUGUACAAAAUGUAACAUGUUGAUAUUAUGUGUCAAUGUGUGAUAUUUAAAAUCUACAACAGGGCGUAAUUGAAGCUCUUUCUUGCUAUCCAUGUACAGCCGAAAUAGGUUCAAUAAAACAACAAUUCAUGAAGGGUUACUGAAUUUUAUUUUGG